AUGCAGACUUAUCUUCAUCUUCUUCGUUUUGAAAGUGUCAAUAGUGCGUCUCCAUCUCUAUAUUUCAAUCCAUGGAGAUUAAAUUUGAAAACCAUAUUUCAUAGUUUUGAUUUCAAAAGUAUAUCAAAUCUAUCUGAUAUAUUUUCUCCAGCCUUUACUCGAGCGAUGUUUGUUCGACAUCCAUUUGAACGCCUAGCAUCGGCUUAUAAGGAGAGAAUUGCAACACUUGAAAAAGAUAGAAUUCAACCAGAACCUUAUUACGAUGAUAUUCGCAAAUUUAUCUGUCAACGAUAUACACACCCUAAUUGGGUUAGAAGUCUAUUGAAAAAAGUUCAUCCAUGUGAAAACUUUAUUCCUCCAUUCAAACAUUUUGUUGAAUUUAUUCUCACGAAUACUGAAACAUCUUUCGGAAUAGCUCGAAUGGACGGCCAUUGGCAGCCAUACACAGUAGUUUGUCAAGUGUGCAAAUUUAAAUAUAAUUUUAUUGGUAAAUAUGAAACAUUCAACCAUGAUUUUAAUUCCUUGCUAAAACGUCUCAAUGUAUCUGAUUGGAAUAAUGAAAAGCGACGUGGUGCAUCAGGUCAUAAUACAUGGGAUUAUCAACAAUUGUUUUCAUCCUUAUCAGAUAAUCUUAUUUGUCGACUCAAGCGUCUCUAUAAUGAUGAUUUCCAGUUAUUUAACUAUCAAAUAGAAGAUUAUGUGAAUCGAACAACGUUAACUUGCUGA